AUGAAAGCAAUUUUGGUUGAUGGAUUUGGUGGGCAUCUACAUGGGACAGCAAGGUGCAGCGAUGGUAUUGCACAGAAAGAAAAUGAAGAAAGGAAAUCACUCAAACAGGAAAAGGAGCAUUCUCCAUUUGCUGAAAUUAUGAAAGAAACAAUGGAGAAGGUACCAUCUAUGAAAGAGUUGAUUGAUAUAUACAGUGGGCCUGAUAGAGUGACUGCAAAGCAACAACAAGAGGAGUUGGAGAGAGUUGCAAAGACCCUUCCUGAUAACGUACCUUCAUCUGUAAAGCGAUUCACUGACCAAGCUGUCCUUUCACUUCAGGCUUUUGAAGUAGAAUUUAUCAUAUUAUCCACUUCAGCACAAAUCCUAUGGAUUUCUCAAAGAAGCACAGGUGAAUUCAUUUUAUGCUGUCAAAACACCGUAAUUUUCUGGCUUUGCGAGCUGUGUAGAUGGUAUCCUCUUGCCUUCUGUCAACAGGCCCUACAACAAAGGUUGCGUGGUGAUACAUCCAAAUUGAUCUCUCAGUGGGGAAAUGACACGUGUCGCCUUUGA